GUCCUAUCAAAUCGGAUGCCGGCGAUGCCGCUUGACUCAUCCCGUCUGCGCGUUGGCAUUUCAGAGAAUAGAUUGUUUUCGCUUUGGAAGUGCUCGACCCUUGACGGAAGGUCCCCCUCUGCAGCAGCCCGGUUCAUGGCACUCAACUGGGCCGUCCGACAGCGUGCUCCGAUGGGACUGUGUGUCACUCUAACCCUGCUCAUCACCGUCACGCCAAUAUGGACGGCUGCUGGGUCACUCUGCAGCACGAAGGUGGAUUCCCUGGACUUAGGAUGCCUCCUGCGGUGGGAUUGUCCCGGAGCCAGCCCUAAUGCCGCCUACACGGUGCAGACCAAGACACAGGGGGAUCCCUGGAAGGACGUGGCGUGGUGCGUGUGGAUCUCCUCUCAGAGCUGCGACCUCUCCCAGGCUUUCUUCCACUUUGACCUGUACAACAUGAUCCGUCUGGGCCUCCGUGAUGACGUCACCGACGGCUCUCCCACCACCACGGCCUGGAGCGAGCCGGUGAAGUUCGACUACAGCGACUUCGCGUUCAGCGCUCCGUCCGUCUCCCUGUACCUGGACGGCGAUCGGUUGAGCGUGCGGGUGCAGUUUCCCUGUGCGGCCAACAGGAGGUGCUCUCGAGGGAUCUGCUGCCCUCUCUCCGAAUUAAUCAACCCCUGGACCUCAGUGACUGUGUACAACCAAUUGAAUCCCUCCGACUACAAGAGGCGCACGGUCUGGAGCCAGGAGGUGGAAUCGGACGUGCAGUUCUCUGGCCUGGUGCCCGGGCAGCACUACUGUGCGGUGGCCAACUUCUCCUUCCCCUCCUACACCAUCGCCGCCUCCCCCCCGUCCGCCCCGCGCUGCGUCUUCACGGACCCCCCAGCAGGGCUGCAGCCGUUGCUGGUGGGAGUGUCACUGUGCUUCGUUGUCAUGGCGCCCAUCCUCAUCCUGUUUCUGCUCAACUCCAAGAGACAAGCUGCCACGGCCUCACCGGAGAACCUGCCCAAGGCUCAGGUAUCGGCUCAAGGUACCCUGACUCACACGCCACUGCCAUCCUCUCUUCCCAAUGAUCCCUGUGACCUGGACCCAUGUGACCUGGACACAUGUAACUUCGAGCCACGUGACCUCGACUCACGUGACCUCGACCCUCGUGACCUCGAGCCAUGUGACCUUGACCUAUGUGACGUCCACUUGGAGCUCAUCGACUGCGAUGGACUCAUCUGAGUGUAAUGUGCUGCAUCGGAUGAAGCCUAGCCUAUACUAAUGUACUAACAGUGUUAGUAAUUCAACAGGAACCCAGUGUCAAAAUCCAACCUGCGCAAGAGCACACCCUCUGGUGAAACAUGGCUUACAGCAGUUUCCGAUCUGCCUAAUUGGUUAUCAGGGGAUGCCACUGUGAUUUACAAUCUAUGUUAAUUGAUGUGGGUUUGAAUUCAGCCUUCAGUUUCUUUUUAUGAGAGGCAUCAGUGACCAAACACCCGGAUUUGAAGGUUACUUACAAAUAAUGGUGCCAAAGACAGGAUACUGAAGGAAAGGCUUCAAACAACGUGGUCUGUCUUCUCUUUGAAAGACGAUCAAUCGUAAAUAAUCAAGAAAUCAUCACACAAAACGCGCAGAGAGAGACUGAGGAUUUUUUUUCCUCAGUCAAGAUGUGAUACCGGUCCACUUGACAAUCCCCCACCCCUCCCCCUGCACUUUGACACUUUGACCCUGGCCAUGUUGCACAAUACAUCUCCUUGUCCAGUUUUAAUUUUACAUAUAUUUAUAAUAUUCUUAAUUGCUGUUAAAAAGUAUUUUGCAUUUCAUCUUAUUUUUAUUCUAUUGUAUUUGAUUUUUUUUUUUAAGCACAGAUGAUACAGAGUAUAUGUCACACAAACAUUUCACUGCAUAUUCUGUAUGUGUAUGUGACAAAUAAAAACCUUUGAAUCUUGAA